ACUGUUAUUGUAGCGUCUUAGCAGUUAGCGUCAGGUUAACACGCAGGAUUUACUGAAUGAUUACUCAGCGUGAUGACGUUGUGUCCGAUAGCAGUCGAGGACCCGUUAGCCGAGCUUUCUGUGGGAGAGCUGAUCGAGAGAGCGAACACUAACGUCUAUCGUGACUCUGAUGAGCCCGAGCUGGUCGAAGGAGACAUCGCCGUGUCUGCGGACGGCGAGAGAAACGCCGAUCCCUGCACGUCUACGGGCUGCAUGUGGCCGAAGUCUACAGACGGGAAAGUCUACGUGCCCUACGUCAUCCUCAACCACUACUCGAGUAGCGAGCUUCAGGUUAUUCAACGUGGUCUGGACUCCUUCGCGUCCUUCUCCUGCAUCCGCUUCACGCCACGUACUAACCAGAGGGACUACAUCAGCAUCGAGUCUCGCAACGGAUGCUACUCCUAUGUUGGACGUCGUUAUUACGCCCAGACGGUGUCUCUGGCCCGGAGCGGCUGCGUCUACCACAAGACCGUCCAGCACGAGCUUCUUCACGCCCUGGGCUUCAACCACGAACAAACCCGCAGUGACCGUGACAGCUACAUCCGUGUCGGCUGGGAGAACAUUCAGAGCGGCAUGGAGCACAACUUCAACAAGAUCGCCACCCUGAACCAGGGCACUCCUUACGACUACAACUCUGUCAUGCAGUACCACAGAACUGCUUUCUCUAAGAACGGCCAGCCCACCAUGAUCCCCAUCCCGAACGCCAACGUGUCCUUCGGCCAGGCCACCCAGAUGAGCCAGAACGACAUUGCCAGACUCAACAGACUCUACAAGUGUUAGACCGGAGAGCGCUGCAGCGGUCCAUUUCCCGUCGGUCCCUCUAGAAGGAUAUACCAUUCCUGCAGUCGAUCCUAAUUAUAAUUGAAAAGAAAACGUAUCAGAUUAACAUUAAUAAUAAUAAUAAUAAAAAAAUCAAAGAUCAAAAA